AUGGCGCAGCGGACGCCGACCAGCUGCCAGCUCAACGCCGCGGCGAGACCAGCGAGACCGGCAGCCUGGCACCACGGCGGCCGAGCCUCGAGAGCGGCGGCGCUGCCCCCGACGACCGUCCCGCAGUCGCAGCCCCAGUCGCGCAGGGCCUCGAGCCGGGCCGACGCCGCCGCCGCCGCCGCCGCAGCCGCCAGGGGCAGCGGCCCGUCCGGGCAAACAGCCGCGUCCGGCGGAGCAGCCACGCCGCCCCCGGGGCAUCCCGCGGGCGUGCCGGGCGAGGGCAGGCCGCGCCGACGCGCCGGGCGGGCCCUCGGCAGGGGCCUCCUGGUGGUGCUCUUCGGGCUGGCGUCGUGCGGCGCGGGAGCGUACGCGUCGUGGCGCGCCCUGAGCAGCCGCGGCAUGGGGUUCUACUCGGACGCCGAGAGCCUGGAGCGCUUCGCGCCCGGCGAGGGCGAGGGCGAGGGCGACGCGCAGGCGCGGCAGGUCGAGCAGGCCAUCAACGCGCACCCGCUGGUGGCGGAGCUCCGGCGGCGCGGCGAGCGCGGCGAGGUCGUCGAGUCGCGGCCGCACAUGAAGAUGCCGCGGGCGUACCGGGCGCGCAGCCUGACGGGCGGCGCGCUCGCCGGCCCCGGACGCGUGCCCGUCCCCGCGUACGCGUGGGUCGAGCCCGGCGGCCGGUCGCUCGUGUCGGUGGUGUUUGUCGGCGACGACCUGUGCGGCCACCCGGGCCUCGUGCACGGCGGCUUCCUGGCCACCAUGCUGGACGAGGGCCUCGCGCGCUGCUGCUUCGGCGCCCUGCCGCACGGGGUCGGCGUCACGGCCAACCUGACCGUCGACUACCGCGCGCCGGUGCCCGCGGGGAGCUACCUGGUGCUGCGGGCCGAGACGACGCGCGCCGAGGGCCGCAAGGCCUGGGUCAAGGGCCGCAUCGAGUCGUUGCCCGCGGGGGGGGAGGCGCCGGUGCUGUAUGCCGAGGCCACGGCGCUGUUUGUGUCGCCCAAGUUUGCGGCGAUGCUGCCCAAGCUUGCUUGA